AUGGUUUUCACGGCCUCGCGUGAUAUAUAUCCCGGUGAAGAAUGCUGCAUCGCUUACUUCGACUUGACUCAGUAUAAGGACCUUUCUUCGCGCAGGAGCAUCUACGAAAGGCCUUCGAGUUUAUAUGCCGAUGCGAAAGAUGUUCUUCUGAAGAGCCAGCCACUGUGGACAAGCAUGAAGACUCGGACUGGGAGUGGUCUAUGCUACCACUUCCCCUGUAAGGACGACAUUAUGCAAAGAGCGACCAGCAUUUCACCAGGAGUACGGACGAUAGCGACCAUUACGCAUGCUUAG